AUGCAUUGGAUUGAUUGCCGAAAUCGCCCUCCUCUACGCCUUAUAUUCCAACCUGGAUAUCCAGCCAUGAAUCCUGUUUUCUCUCCUCCUAGUAACUUUUUGCAAGUGUCUUCGGAAGAAUCGGUCACUUCCACCUGCAACCGUACUUUGGUGAACACUGACAACAAAAGGAAAUGCGAUUUUUUGAUUAUCAUUCUAUCUAGAUUUGGAGAUAGGAAAGAACGUGAACAGAUUAGGUAUACUUGGCUUCGCGAAGAGUAUCAGGCAAAAAUCCCCAGAGUUAAUCGAGCAAUCUUCAUGAUUUCCUACCCCAAGCAAGAUGAGGCCACAUUCAAUAUGCUGAUGGCCGAGCAGCUCAUAUGGAAUGACAUGCUCCUACUGGGUACGACCCUACCUGAUAAUUAUGGACUGCUGACGAUUCGUGUGCUCUUCCUUCUGCAGUGGGUCACACAACUACUCUGCCCUCAACAAAGACCAGCUUUCCUUAUCAAAUCCGAUCAGGACAGCUACUGGAAUUUAAAAAGUCUCAACUAUGUGCUGUGUGAAGCGCGUCGGACUAAGGACCCCUUUCAUGAAAAGUAUCUUGUGGGUGACCUCAAUCGCUUUGCUCAAGUAUUUCGGAGGGAUAACGACCUUUGGAAAACAUAUACGGAAGAAUAUGCCGCUGAUAUUUUUCCGCUUUAUGCUAGUGGUUCACCUGGAUAUAUUUUAACGAUCAGUUCUGCUCAGGCUAUUUACAAAGCUGCAAUUGGCCGGAGAAUCUUGUGGCUCGAAGACGUGUACAUAACUGGCGUUAUUGCAGAACAAGAAGGGAUUAGCAGGUAUUUCUUUUUUCGGCUUUUAUGCAUAUCUUUUCUAAGCUUUAAAGACAAUUUAAUUGAUUUGAAGUUUACUUCAAAUACAAGAAGGUUUGAUAUACUUAAAUGCUGA